AUGCCGGUGAACAUGAUUCGGGAUGGUGAUGGAUCGCCUCGAAUUAGAUUGAUUGAGCCCACUGGUUCAACAGCUGAGGUGCUUCUGUAUGGUGCACAAGUUGUCUCUUGGAAGAAUGAACGAAGUGAAGAGCUGCUUUUCAGGAGCAGCAAGGUUUUAUCGAAACCGCCUAAGUCCAUCAGGGGCGGUAUCCCCAUUUGCUUUCCCCAGUUUUUGAACUUUGAUUCGCUGGAGCAACAUGGAUUUGCAAGGAAUAGGCUAUGGUCAUUUGAUGAUUCCCCUUUGCCCCCAGCUAACAAUCAGUCUACUGUGGAUCUUAUUCUGAAAUCCACAGAAGAGGAUUUGAAGAUUUGGCCACACAGAUUUGAGUUGCGGUUACGAGUUUCUCUGAGUGCCAACAAGCUCACCUUGAUUCCUCGAGUGCGAAAUACUGAUAGCAAGGCCUUUUCAUUCACAUUUGUUUUGUGUAAUUAUCUAUCUGUAUCUGAUAUCAGUGAAGUGCGUGUGGAGGGAUUGGAGACACUUGACUACCUUGAUAAUUUGUUGCAGAAAGGAAGAUUUACAGAGCAGGCAGAUGCAAUUACCUUUGACGGCCAGCCGAAUCCAAUUCAUCGCCGGCGAAUCCAUAAAACAUUUUGUACGAACGUUCCGUUAAAUUCACUGACAAAAAAUGAUAAUAACGACAUUCAUUUAUCGAUCGAAGAAAUUAAAGUGCCAUCUGGCUCUCUGUCUGUUAAAACUAUGACAUGGAUCAGUGUGGCUACUCUUACGAGCAAAAUUCUGGGAUUAAUUAGGGAGGUUACAAUGGCUUCAGCUUUUGGUGUUGGUCCUGUUGCCACGGCGUUCAAGUAUGCUUGGGUUUUGCCUGGUUUCUCUUCAUCGCUCCUUGGCGGUGUCAAUGGUCCCAUCCAUAUUAUUAUGGCAACCACUUUAAGUAAACUCCCGAAGCGCCGCCGAGAAAAACUAUUUCAACAUACGGUCACCAUUAUGUUUCUGGUAGGAGCUGUUGUGGGUACUCUCGUGUGCAUAUUUUCUGAGUUCAUAAUUCAUAUGUAUGCACCUGGUUUGUGGAUCUUGGCAGAAGGCCGAAUUGUAAGAGAAAUAGCUAUCGAGCAGUUGAAAAUAAUGACUCCGUGUAUAGUCCUUGCGGGUCCUGUUGGGCUUGGGUUUGGAUACAUGAGUGCAGAAGGAAAUAAUGUUCUUCCUUCUAUUAGCCCUGCUUUGUCCAGCUCUCUCCUGAUUGUCUGUUGUCUCAUCUAUACUUUUACCAGACAAUCAAGGGCUUCCUAUUCUGGUGGAAGUCUGCUAUCAUUAGGAGUUUCACUCGGGUUAUUUCUGCAGUGGAUCAUCCAGACCAUGGUGCUUAGGGGACGAUGGUGCAGUAAUAUUCCACAUUCCUUAAUUACUGCCUUGACAAGUGGAGAUGUUCAUGAGUUCUUCACAUUGCUGAUACCAGCGACCAUUAGUUCUGGCUUGGCACAAAUUGCAUCUUUUACAGACCUUUGUUUUGCAUCUUUCAUUCCUGGUGCUGCGGCUAGUCUCUCCUAUGCAUAUCUUAUGGUCAUGGCUCCAGUGGGCGUGCUUUCGAGCAUAGUUGUGCUGCCUCUUUUACCUUCUAUCUCGAAACUGGCGAAGACCGCAUCCUGGGAGAGCUUAAUGGAAAAUUUAAUGAAAUCUUUGCUACUUUGCAUGGUAGUUCUCUUGCCCAUUUUGUCAAUCAUGUGGAUCCUGGCAGAGCCAAUCAUCCAUUUUUUGUUUGAACGCUAUGCAUUUGAUUCUUCAGCUAGUGCUCUAGUAUCUUCCCUCUUCGUUGCUUAUUCCUUCAGCGCACCAUUCUUCAUCAUCAGAGACCUGUUAGUCGCAGUGUUUUAUGCCCUUGGUGAUGGGAAGGGACCUUUCCUGGUCAGUGUAGGUUCUAUUGCUUUGAAUGCCAUUUUGAACUGGCUUUCAGUCUCCAGAUAUCACCUAGGUGCACGGGGACUGGCGCUCUCAACGUCAUUUUCAGCUGCAAUGUCGGUUGUUGUUAUGUUCCAUCUCCUCCAGAAGAAGCUGCCUGGAAUGUCAAAUUAUGCUGCGUUGAUCCGUACCAUUAUGCUACUACAUUUUUGCUGCAUCACAUCAAGCUUCAGUACAUCAAUUGGUUAUAAAAUGACUUGCAAUAUGUUAAAUUCAACCUUUCAAACAAGGUUCUUUAUGUCUAAAGAGCUCCUUGCCAUAUCGUUAGCAAGUGUUGUCGGAAUUAUUGGCUUCUUUCUUCCUGUUGUGCUGCUAUAUUUUUCCGGGUAUGAAUGCGUAAAGGAUUUGUAUAGGAUACUGAUGAACCAAAAAUCAUUAAGACAGACCAGUGGCUGA